AGAUCGAGAUCCUCAAGGCCGCGCGGCACCCGCACGUCGUGGAGCUGAAGGACUUCCAGUGGGACACCAACCACAUCUACCUCAUCAUGGAGUUCUGUGCCGGCGGAGACCUCUCCCGCUUCAUCCGCGCGCGGCGCAGCCUGCCCGAGAAGGUGGUGCGUGUCUUUCUGCAGCAGCUCGCCUGUGCCCUCAAGUUUCUGCAUGACCGCAACAUCUCGCACCUGGACCUCAAGCCGCAGAACAUCCUCCUGAGCAGCCUGGAGAAGCCCCAGCUCAAGCUGGCAGAUUUCGGCUUUGCUCAGUACAUGUCCCCGUGGGAUGAGCAGCACGUGCUGAGGGGCUCACCGCUCUACAUGGCGCCGGAGAUGAUUUGCUGCCAGCAAUACGAUGCACGUGCAGACCUCUGGUCACUGGGCGUUAUCCUCUACGAGGCACUUUUCGGACAUCCACCCUUUGCCUCCAGGUCAUUUGCGGAGCUGGAGGAGAAGAUCCGCAGCGAGCGAGUCAUCGAGCUGCCCAGCCGGCCCCGGCUCUCGCCGGAGUGCCGGGAUCUCUUGCAACGUCUCUUGGAGCGGGACCCCUUGAAGCGCAUCUCGUUCGAGGACUUCUUCAGCCACCCCUUCGUGGACAUGGAGCACAUGCCAGGCCCGGAGAGCCUCAGCAAGGCGACCAACCUGGUGGUGGAGGCGGUGAAGAAGGACCAGGAGGGGGAUGCGGCAGCCGCACUCUCACUUUACUGCAAAGCCCUGGAGUAUUUUGUGCCUGCUCUGCACUAUGAAAGUGAUGUUCGACGGAAAGAAGCGAUCCAGGCCAAGGUGGGACAGUACAUCUCUCGUGCAGAGGAGCUGAAAGCUCUGGUCAUGUGUGACAGCAAGAGCCUCCUGCAGCAAGGAAACCCUGCCCGCGAGCUCCUCAAAGAGAUGGCGAAGGACAAGCCUCGUCUCUGCGCGGCGCUGGAGCUGGCUUCCGAAGCCAUUUCCAAGGAGGAGGAAGGCAGGGCUGACGAGGAUGCCCUGGAGCUCUACCAGCAGAGCUUGGGCGAGCUGUUGCUCCUCCUGGCGGCUGAGCCAGCGGGGAGGCGGCGGGAGCUACUCCACGCUGAGAUCCAGGCGCUGAUGGGCCGAGCCGAGUGCCUGAAAGACCAGAUCAAGAUGCGCGAGGCACAAUCCAUGAGCAAGGAGCCGCUGGCGGAGUCUGUCCGGAACUCCUGUACAUUGCAGUGAUGCCCCACGGAGACAGCCCACGGCAAGGACAGUGACACAGGACAGCCUGGGUUGCCCCAUGCGGCUUGGUCCAGCCUCAGGGCACUGCCAUUGAGACGUCGAUGUCACAUGCAUCAUGGAACCUUCUCUUUCCUUGUACGGAUCUGUACGGAUUGGUGUGRACUCCGGCGAGGCUGCCUUUCCCGCCGUCCCUUCCCGGCUUGCUCUGGCUGCUCCUUUCGCCCUUGCUGGAGUGAGCAGAGCGUGCGGCUCCGCGGGGCCAUCUGCUUGUGCCCUGCGGGAUGUGUUAACUCGUUUUCCCAGCGCGAGGAGUUCCCUCCGAGCCCUGCCGUGAACGUCUGCUGAAGCAGCCUGCUGUGACCACAGCAGGCAGGUUAUUCCACCCUAAUUCCCUCUGCUGGCUGUGACGGGCUGAGUAUUUUUAUCCUGGCAUUGGCCUCCUGCAGAAUUCCCCCCACGGCGUGCAGCCUUCCCGCUGGCCCCGCACGCCUCCUGCCUUUUCCAACAGAUAAUUCCUAAGCCCCAAUCGACUGCUUUCAGGGGAGACCAUCCCCUGACUGCAGCAGGGAUUGGAGCCAUGGGGCUGCAUCCGCUUCCAGAGCUGUCUGCGGAGCAGGGAAUUGCUCUGAUUUCCCUCCAGGAUCCCACAGCUGUGCCUUGGUCGUAGCACCGACUACCUCCACGCGUGCCRGCCCGCUCAGCCUUGCAAAGCUCUGUCUAAUCACGCUGACAGAGACGGGCCCUGGUGCUAAGCUUGGUUUGUACUAGGCUCGGGGGAGAGACUUCAGUAGACAGAUGUGUCCUGCGCCUGUCACUGGUGUCCGGAGGUGUUCCCAGUUCUCAGCGGAGACAUGGGUGGUUCGUGCAUGCUGCUAAUGCUCAGGUAUGCCAGGACGUCACACGGAGCCUCUCUGCUUCCUCCC